AUAUAUACCUUGUCUACAAAAUAUAGAAUAUAUUCCUGAGUCCUAAAUUCCUAAUACUUACUUAGUUUGUGGGUGAUGGUAUAAUCUAUAACUCUGACUACAUUUGCCUUUAAAUUUUUUUAUGUAUUUAUCAUAUUCCUCGGUCAACAUUGUCUAUAUAUGUUAUUGAUUCUUAAGUAAAAAAAUAUAAUAAUAUAUAGAAAUAAUAAUUCUUAAAGAUAUUUCCACACUUGUGGUUAACCACUAAAACAUACAAAUAUUUUGAAACCGAACCAAAAAUUAACCAAAAUGUUUUGGUUUACAAGGUCAAGAUCAAGCGGUCGAAAUAUGAUCAAAUAUAUACCUUGUCUACAAAAUAUAGAAUAUAUUCCUGAGUCCUAAAUUCCUAAUACUUACUUAGUUUGUGGGUGAUGCUAUAAUCUAUAACUCUGACUACAUUUGCCUUUAAAUUUUUUAUGUAUUUAUCAUAUUCCUCGGUCAACAUUGUCUAUAUAUGUUAUUGACUCUUAAGUAAAAAAAUAUAAUAAUAUAUAGAAAUAAUAAUUCCUAAAGAUAUUUCCACACUUGUGGUUAACCACUAAAACAUACAAAUAUUUUGGAACCGAACCAAAAAUUAACCAAAAUGUUUUGGUUUACAAGGUCAAGAUCAAACGGUCGAAAUAUGAUUACUUUUUGUUAUCGCUUCUUGAGAAAUUAACCAUUCGAUCAAAAACUAACUAAAAUAUAUAUGACUUAGAAUUUUUUCCUUAUAAAAAUUUUUGUUUUUAACUAUUAAAAAUAUAAAACUGUCGUGAUACGCAAAUUAGUAUAGUCUGGUAUAUACCAUCUACUAAUUUGAUAUUUCAGUUACAGUAAAUUUAUUAUAAACUAUAAUUUAGUAUUGUGGGAGACGGAUUUGACAUCUUUUAACUUGUCUUAACUGAAAUUAACAAAUUGAAAACAAGAAAAAUUUCUAGAAUAAAUGAAACCCACAAAGUAAGCAAAAUCUAUUGAAAAUUAAUAAACCUACGUGCAACUAAAUAAAAAUAAAUAAAUAAAUUCAAAAAAGCCUCGGCGGUAUUAUUCAAUCAAUGAUUUAAAAUCAAUUGUCAAGUAUUUCAAUCAAUUAAACUUUAUUUAAACGUUAUUUUUAGUUAAUGAAUUCUAAAACCUUUGCAGUAUAAUUUGGAUUUAGAUUUGAAUUCUAAAAUUUUUGCAGUAUAAAUUAUAAAAAAAAAUUAUUGUCUAAAUGGAUCGUCUAAUAGAUGAAUUCACUAUUUUAUGAAAAUCGUCGAAUUUAGAUUUAGUUAACGAUAAAAAUCUCUAAAAUAUUUUAAUCAUUAACUAAAAUAUUUAUUAUAUAGUAAAAUAUAAACACAGUUGUGUUAAAAGAAAUUAUUUUAAGCAUCAUUAUAUUUAAAUUAGUAAAAUAUAAUAUAAUAUAAUAUACUUAAUUUAUAUUUAACAAAAAUAAUAUUCUUAAUUCUCUUGAUAUAUUUUCAAAUACAGGAAAACCCGGAUCUUAUUUUUUCAUUAGUUUUUGUUAUAGUUUUGAUAAAACCGAACCGAUGUAUACACCUCUCAUAAAAUAAGAAAGAAAGAAAGAAAAAAAAUAGAAAUCUCUUUAGACAUUUUGGAUGAAGAAAGUUUGACCAUAUAAAUUGUUACCAAAAUAAAAUUGUUGAAUUUUACUAUAAGAACACCAACUCUCUCCUAUGCAGCACCACACAUAUGUUCCUUUUCAUCAUAAUUUUCAGCUAGCUUUCUCUGAAGAAAAGGUUUCUUCUUUACAUCUAUAUGUUUUUUUCUGUCAAACUUUAAUUUAUAUUGAUUGAAGAGAGGAUACUAGAUCACUGUACAAAGGGUUAAAAAACCAUGCAGGUGGAUACAAUUUCGAAGUAUGAUAAAUAAGAUUUGGAGGACCUACUUUAGCUACUAAAUGGGCUGGUUCACGUUCUUCUUCUAGUAUAGUUAAACAAACAAUUUUUUAAUUUUUGACUCCAGACAUAAAUAUCUUUAUGUUUUCGAUUACAACAUUCCAGCAUGAUCUAUUAACAAUUUUGUCUCCUUAAAAAAUGGUUGAUCUUUACAUCUAUAUGUAACUAAGUAAACUAUAUAUUCAAUAAUGAGUGAUUGUGUGUGUUCUUUUUGUUUUAGGUUGUGUGUGUUUCUUGACAUCUCAGGGUUUUCUCCCACAAAAAUGAGUGAUUGGAGUGGAAACUCCAUAGAAAUUUGGAAUCCCCCCAAAAUGAGUGAUUGCGAUGGAAUAGUACGAGCGAUGCUGGAGCAAACCGACAAUGGUCUUAAUUCGAUCAGCCAGAUCUUCCCUAAAACCAACUUAUCCACUAAUCAUCAGUCCGAACAAAGAUCUAGUCUCGGCGAAAGAGUAUCUUCAAGAAUACGAUUUAAUGUUCCACCGCUCGAGACAGAGAACAUCAUGAGUCCAUUUGCUGUUUCUAGAAGCCAGACUAAUGUCCCUUCUCCUCUCAUCGCAGUCUCUCCAGGAUUUAGCCCAUCUGCACUGUUGCAGUCUCCAAAAAAGUUCUCAAAUUCUUUUUCACAGCAUAUCAUUCAGUCUCGAGUCGCCAAUGACGGGCCUCCGGAGAUGGUGGAAAGUUCUGGUGGCGACUAUGCAACCACGACGAUAUUCAACAACGAUGUUCCCCAUCAACCGAUGAACUUUGAUCAUAUGCCUCAUCACGAAGGCUUUUAUGAUAUUCCAACCGAACAGUCUAUUUAUGUCCCAUCUCAUGAAUCUCAUGCUGAUCUCAUUGGUGCACCGUUAGUCACUUCUUUUGAAUCUGAUGAAGUUGCCAAUGAAACCGAUAUCAUGAACAUCAUCUCCCUCGACAGCGAAGACGAGGACGAAGAUUACAAGGAGGACGAAGAAUACAAGGAAGACGAAAAUGUAGAUGAAGAAGAUGACAGUGUUGAUGAGCUUCCACCUCGAAAGAGAAGGAAAUAUGAGGUAUCAGACAUGUUCGGAGCCAAAAGAACAAGAAAGGACGAAAGGGUUAUACUUCGGAUGGAAUGCGAAGAAGACAAUCCUGACGAUGGUUAUCAGUGGAGAAAAUACGGUCGGAAAAUUGUCAAUGGGAAUUCAAAUCCGAGGAGUUACUACAAAUGCACAUACGGUGGGUGCAAUGUGAAGAAACAUGUGGAGAGAGGAGCAGAUGAUGUGAAGUUACUGGUAGUCACAUACGAUGGGAAGCACAAUCACCCAAUACCAACUGGACGCAGUAGCAAUAGAUCCGGUCCAAGAAACCGUUCCGGCUUUUCAGUGUCUCAAACCCCUCGGUUAGGCAGGCUUCCUUCUUCCUCUUCGGCCUGUCAGUAUUGCUAUUCUUCUUUGGAGCCACACCCUGAUAUGGCAUUGCUCUAUAUGACUGGACUCUCUAAGCUGCAGAGUUUUCCGGUUAACCAUAAUCAUGGUUUUAUGUACCGGCAUGAUGAACCGAUUAUUGAUCGUGUGAUACCCGACGGUACAGAGGUGUACAAUGGGAUGAAGGAUCGACUAUUGCCUAACUUUGGUUUCAACUUUUAGAUUGCAAACUUUAACAUAAAAAUAAUAAAAAGAUGCAAACCCUUUUUUAUAUCCUUAUCAGAUAUACAAUCAUGUAGAAGAUAUACAAAAUCUUGUGUUCAUCCCCUUUCAUUAUGAUUUUUACUGCAUAUUACUCUUUGAGUUGAUCUAUUAAUUUAACAGUUGGAAAUGGUUAUUCCAGAUAAGCUUGUAUAUUGAACAUGAACUAUUAUAUCAUAGCAUAUAUAUUGUUAUGGGUAUAAGUUUAAAUAAUUUUUUUCUUAUGUACAUUAAAACAUUUAUAAAUUAAUACCCGAUUAAUUAAUAAAUAAGCUAAAUUAAUUUAAAAAAAAAAACAAAAUUGGUCAUGAAUUGAGCCAGUUCAAAAUAUAACACAAAUCGAUAAGAUAAUAAAAUUAUAAUUUUCAAAAAUCUUUUGUAAAUAUAUAGUCCUAUUAAAAUCAUGAAUUGAUAAUUUUUAUAUAUAAAGUUUAUAUAAGUACAAACAAAACAUCAUAUUAUGUGUUUUAUAUUAACAAUGGAGUUCAUCUUUAUUUUUCUCUUAACACUUCAAAAGUAUUCAGAUAAUAUUAGUAAAAUUAUAUCUAUAACCACAUGUAAUUCUAUGAAACAUAUUUUGUAUACACUAAAUAAUAUAAUAAGACAAUAUAAAAGUAGAAUUUCUAAAAUUUAAUUAAUGUAUAUAAGGUAAAACUAAUGUUUUAUUUUAUAAAAAUAGAAAAUUCUAAAAAUGAUUUUUUUUUAAAUUAAGAAAUUUAGAAAUUAAUAAAAUAUCACAAUCUCAAACAAUAUUAAUUUAUAGAAAAUUUUGUCCAAUUUCUCUUAUUUAUAUGAUUUUCCGCUAACUUACUAUCUUUUUUUCUUGUAAAAACAUAUUUUAACCGCUGACAAAAAACCAUAUGUUAACAGUUAACCGAUACUCAUUAAAUUAAACUAGAAGUUUAGAAAAAUUUUUGAAGCUAGAAGCAUUUGCAAGUGAAGUUUCUCAUCCUUUUUUUUUAAUAAUACAAUAAUUUAAAAAAAUUAGAAAGCGGGAGUGAAAAGGUAGAAAAAUGAAGAAUAUUUUAUUGUAUAUAUAUAUAUAUAUAUAUAUAUGUAUAUAAACUCUCUUACAUUACGAGAGACUCAUAAACAUGUCUCAACUUGCAAUUGAUUUUAUUUAUUUUAUAUUUAAGUUUAUUUACUUAACAAAACUAGAUUAUUAUUAGUGAUGCUUUAAGUCUACUCUUAAAUUUUUAUUAUACAAUAGUUUCUCCUAUGCAUUAAACUCCAAAAUAUUAUACCUACAUAUAGUUCUUUUUUUUAUGAGCAUGUGAUAUUUAGAUCAUCGUAACAUGAUGUUAGAACGUCCAACUAAUCAUAUGAAAUCAAUGUUUUUGUUUUUAAAGAAAUCAAUUUUUUUUAAGAAAUCAAUUUUUUUUGGGAGAAAGAAUCAAUGUCUUUUUGACAAGAAUUUUGGCAAAUCCAUCAGAUAUAAAGAUAUGAGCCAAUGUGCAAAAAAUUGUUCUCCUGGAAAAUCACCAGGGAAAAAGAAUCUAAUAGGGGGUUAAUGGGAGAAAAAAUUGUGUAAAAUUUUGAAUUUUUAAAGUUUUAUGUAUUAAGAAAAUAUGUAUAGGCUGACUUACAAAAUUUGAUCAUAACUUUUCUAGAUUGCUACUUCAUGAAUUUAUAUUAUUUUUUUCAAUCAUUUACUUUGUUAUUAAAUAUAUGGCUGAAAAAUUUCUUUGGAUGAUCCUAACAAGUUUUUUUAAUCACAAAUAUAAAAUAUUUCAAAAAAAUAUAAAAAACAAAUUCCAAAGUUUAUAAUUUGAAAACUCUAUAAUUGUUUUUAUUGAAUGAUAAAAACAAUAAAAUAUAAUUAUACAUUCAAAAGGUAAUUAUAUAAAAUGUAUUUAAUUAUGAUUUUAGACAUAUAAUUUGGAAUGAAGGUGCAAAAGACAUUUGGCAAGAAUGAUUAUUUUGUUUUUUAGACUUUUCUGUCACAUAGAGUUUAUAAAUCUUAUGGAUACACAUGAUAUUUUGAAAGUUAUGUGUUAUGAGUAAAAAUGAUUUUGAUUAACAAAAGAUUUUAAUCGAUUUUCAAAAUUCUCUAACUAAUAACGAGCGAUUUUAUUAAGAUUGUUAAAAUGAAUGAGUCAAUACUAUAUAAUCUCAAAAUUUCCUUAAGUCGGUGAAAAUCCAUUUGCCAAUAACCCCUAAGCUUUAUCAAAGAACAAAUAUCCAAAAUACAUUCCUAAAUCGUAAUACUUAUCUUGUACGUGGCUGUGGGCUUUGUCAAUGUUCUCUUUUUUUCUUUUUUUUUUUUGUGUGGCCAAUGGUCUAAUCGUUACAUAUGUGUAUAUAUGGCUAUAUUUUUGCAUUUGCCAUAUUCUUUGAUUUUAUUUUAUUUUGCAUUUGCCAUAGUCUUUGGUCAACAUUUUUGUUCCAGUUUCCACAUUUGUGUUGACCACAAAAAAUACAAUUAUUUUGGAAGAUUAACCAAAAAUUAACCAGAAUAUUUUUGGUUUACAAAGUCAUGACCAAAUUGGUGUAAGAUUAUUAUGUCUAUAUAUGCGGACAAAACACAUAGUUUUAGUAAACAUAAAUCAACGUGGUGUUAGCUAAAUACAGUAAAAACUCUAUAAAUUAAUAAUUUUAGAAUUAUGAUAAUUUAUUUAUUUAUAAAAUUCUUAAUUUUAAAAAAAAAUUCAUUUUCUAGAUUUAUAGUUUUGGAAUAUUUCUUUAAAGGCUAACAGUAUUUUAUUUCACAAUAUCAUAUAUAUUAUUUAAACUUUAAAAUUUUGAAUUUUUUUAAAUUAUAUUAUUUGAUAUAUUUUAUGUAUGUUAAAUAUGUAUGAUAACAUUUAUGUUUUAUAUGUAAUUAGAUAAAGUGACACCAAAAUAUUGAAAAUGAAAAUUAAAAUUAGAGAUUAAUUCUUUUUUAAUACAAACAAACAAUAAAAUGCUUUAUUUAUAGGGAGAAUUUGCUGAAUAUUCAUAAGAGGCAAAAGAAUAAAGAAUAUGUCCAUACUACAGUAAUUCAGGACGGAUUGGACAAUUUGCACAUAAAUUUGACUGAAAUCUCCCUUCAGACGCGUGUGCAUAAUAUCGACACUCUAAAGCUAAAAUUGUCAUACUAUACUACAUAUCAUAUAGUAUAGGCACAUAAAUGGUUUAAUCAGUUACAAGGUUGAGUUUCAUCAUUUACGUAACUAUACUCUACAUGUUUACGACAUAGUUUAGAAUACUUGACAAAAACAUAAAUUAUGUUAUGCCCACAAUGCUUUACAAAUUUGGGGGAGAGGAUCAAAAAUAGUGGUAACAUACAUAGCAACCGUAUUAGGAAUCAAGUUUACAAAAAACAGGCAUGUUCACCAAAGAAGAGAACAUAUAUGCACGCAUGUCCAUGUAUGGAAAAAGGUUGGCGUAUAACUAUACUAUAUUCAAUAUAGUAUGGUAACAUCAGAUUUGAGUGUUUUUAUCCAAACAAGCUGAACAAAAUUGAACAAAGGGGAAAUCAACAACUAGUUUACUACGGGCGUUAGUUUGGGUUAAAUGCGGAGUCUUCAACUGCAUACGUCCUAACUGCAGCUUCAAAUGCGUUUUCCGUGUGACUAUACUUUUUAGUGCUCUCAUAUAGUAUAUGAGAUAAAAGUUUUACUCUGAACUUUUAUCAGAAAGUAUGUUUCUCGUCGUUUUGCCUUUAACCCCGUUUAACCAGAUCUGAGAACUAAACGGUGGUUUCGAUUUCAGAUAACACACAAACAAAUUGGAUUGCUUAGACACUGAUGACAUGUCCACUACAACUAUUAAUUCAAAAGACACGGUGAGAAAAGGUUAAGAGAUCACAAGUAGUGGCAACGGUGGUAGAAGAGAAAACGGUAGAGAUUGUCUCAACAAUGGUGGAAGAGGUGAUGGUGGUGAAGGAUCAUAUAAUCCACAACGGCGGUAGUGGAAGAAAAAACAGUGGAGAUGAUGACAAAAAAGAUGGAAGCGCGGAUAGUGUAGAAGAAUGAAAUAAUUGGCAACGGCGAUUGUGGUGAUGUUACAAACAGAGGUGAUUAAAGCGGAAGAAAGUGAAAUGAUCAAAGAUAAAAUAGAAAAAAUUAUAAACAGAGAGAAGAAAAAUAUAGGUGGUGCGUGCGUGUGGUAUCAAGUGUAAAGUUGCAAUUAAUACAGAAUAUACACAGAAUAUCAUAGCCAAAGUAGUGUUAUGAAUAUAAACUUUAUUUCGAUUUUUCUUAUGUAUAUGUGCUGCAAUUCCCUUAUUUAUAAUAUAUAUGGUCAUUAUUAAUUAUGAUUUUAAUGUGACCAUGUAUUUAGUUAAUAUUUUUUAAAAUAUUAUUAUCUUAUCGAAUUAUGUCAUAUUUUAUACUGGUCCAACUUAAGAUCAGAAAUAUUUAUUAACUUAUAGUGUUUAUUAAUUUAACGAGUAUUAGUUUAUAGAGUAUUAUAUAAUGUAAAAAUAGUUAAUCUUUAAUUAAAAAAACUGCAUAUUCUAAAACUGAUUUAAAUGUACGCAUAACCUAGGCUAAUUCUUACAAAUUAACUAUUAAUAAAAUAAUAUUAUGGUGAUAUACUAUCUAGCUUAAUCUGUUAUAUCUAUACUAUUAUUUAAGAAUUGAUUUUUUUGAUUUGUCAACUUCUCUAUGAUUUUAGAUAUCUUAUAUAUUAAAACAGAAGUCACAACCUUGAUUCAUGUGUGAUUUUUUUUAAGAUAGACCUAAUAGACAUAUUCCUAGAAAGUCAUAUUAUAUUUAAUUUCUAAUCUUAUCAUUUAAAUUUUGGGUAUAACAGAAACGUUUAUUGGGCUAUCAAUAAUUGGAUUUAAACAAUAAAUGAUUCAUUGCAUUUAUAGAUAGUAUAAAUUAAACAGAUAUAAUUUAAUGUUGUAAUACUAUAGCUCCAUAUGUUAAUUAUUUAAAUAUUUGUUGAUGUUAACUUUUAAAAUUAUAAA